AUGGACUCCAAAGCCGAAGGUUCACAGGUGUGGUCUGCAUCUGCCGAACAUGAACAGAAUACUGCACAGGUGCACUUUGUCCCUGAAGGUGGAACGGUAGCUCAGAUCGUGUAUGGUGAUGAUCAGGACCGUCCACCACAGCAGGUGGUCUACACAGCAGAUGGCGCUUCUUAUACUUCAGUGGAUGCUCCAGAGCACACACUAGUUUAUAUCCAUCCUGUGGAAGCCACCCAGACUCUGUUUACAGACUCGGGCCAGGUGACUUAUGUCCAGCAGGAUGGCACAACUCAGCAGGAGCUCUGUCAGGAGCUGAGAGACACAGACAAAAAAGAUGACAAUCUCUUCCCUUCAGUUACUAACAUUCUCUUCAGUGGAGAUGAAUUAGGGAAUAUUACUGGGUGUGAAGAGUGCAAUAAUGCACAUUCUUCAGUAUGCCCAAAGCAUGGGCCCUUACAUCCCAUCCCUAAUCGGCCAGUCCUUACCAGAGCAAGAGCCAGUCUGCCUCUGGUACUCUACAUAGACCGAUUCCUAGGAGGAGUAUUUUCCAAAAGACGAAUUCCCAAACGUACCCAGUUUGGCCCUGUGGAAGGGCCCCUUGUCACACAAUCAGAACUGAAAGACUGUUAUAUUCAUCUAAAGGUUUCUCUUGAUAAGGGGGAUAGGAAAGAAAGGGAUAUUCAUGAAGACCUAUGGUUUGAGUUGUCUGAUGAAGCACUUUGUAACUGGAUGAUGUUUGUACGCCCAGCACAGAAUCACUUGGAACAGAACCUGGUGGCUUACCAAUAUGGUCAUCAUGUUUAUUAUACAACGAUAAAGAAUGUAGAACCCAAACAGGAGCUCAAGGUGUGGUAUGCUGCUUCCUAUGCUGAGUUUGUAAAUCAGAAGAUCCAUGACAUUUCUGAGGAGGAAAGAAAAGUUCUUAGAGAGCAAGAGAAGAAUUGGCCCUGUUAUGAAUGCAAUCGGCGAUUCAUAAGCUCAGAGCAGCUUCAGCAGCACCUCAAUUCCCAUGAUGAAAAGCUGGACUUCUUUAGCAGGUCAAGAGGCAGAGGCAGGGGGAGAGGCAAGAGGAGGUUUGGCCCAGGACGACGACCAGGUCGACCUCCAAAAUUCAUGCGCUUGGAAGUGACCAAUGAAAAUGGUGAAAAGUGUGAGGAAGCAACACAGGACUUGCUGCCUUUUCCCAGUAAGGGGUUAGAAAAAUUUGAUGAGGAUGGACCAGCUCCAUUGAAUGGGCUGGACCAGCAGGAACAGACCCCUGUGCCUAUCCCUCAGAUUACACCCGAAACACAACCUGCUUUGGAACAUCCGCCAGAAACUCACCCAGUGCACCUGCAGCCUCCACAUGAAGAGAGCUCAGUGCCCACCCAAAGUACUAUGACAGCAGAUGAUAUGCGCCGAGCCAAACGCAUUCGGUUGGAGUUGCAGAAUGCAGCUCUUCAACAUCUAUUCAUUAGAAAAUCCUUUCGGCCUUUUAAGUGCUUGCAGUGUGGAAAGGCAUUCCGUGAAAAGGACAAGCUGGAUCAACAUCUGCGCUUCCAUGGGAGGGAAGGAAACUGUCCUUUGACUUGUGACAUCUGCAACAAGGGUUUCAUCAGCAGCUCGUCCCUGGAGAGCCAUAUGAAAUUCCAUUCAGACCAGAAGACUUAUUCUUGCAUCUUCUGUCCAGAAUCUUUUGACCGCUUGGAUUUGCUAAAAGACCAUGUAGCUAUUCAUAUCAAUGAUGGCUAUUUCACCUGCCCAACGUGUAAGAAGCGCUUUCCAGAUUUUAUUCAGGUGAAGAAACAUGUCCGUAGCUUCCACUCAGAAAAGAUUUACCAGUGCACAGAGUGUGACAAGGCUUUCUGUCGUCCUGACAAACUGCGGCUUCACAUGCUACGACAUUCAGACCGGAAAGAUUUCCUGUGCUCUACCUGUGGAAAACAAUUUAAGCGAAAAGAUAAACUACGGGAGCAUAUGCAAAGGAUGCACAACCCUGAGAGAGAAGCCAAGAAGGCUGACCGCAUCAGCCGCUCCAAGACCUUCAAGCCUCGAAUUGCUUCCACGGACUAUGACAGCUUCACGUUCAAGUGUCGUUUGUGCAUGAUGGGCUUCCGGAGACGAGGCAUGCUGGUGAACCAUUUAUCAAAGAGGCACCCAGAUAUGAAGAUAGAAGAAGUGCCUGAGUUAACUCUGCCCAUCAUCAAACCCAACCGUGAUUAUUUUUGUCAGUAUUGUGAUAAGGUUUACAAAAGUGCUAGCAAACGGAAAGCCCACAUCUUGAAGAACCAUCCAGGAGCAGAGCUCCCACCAAGCAUCCGGAAACUUCGUCCUGCUGGUCCUGGAGAACCAGAUCCUAUGCUGAGCACCCACACUCAGUUGACUGGCACAAUAGCUACUCCUCCUGUCUGCUGCCCCCACUGCUCCAAACAGUACAGUAGCAAGACCAAGAUGGUUCAACACAUCAGAAAGAAGCAUCCUGAGUUUGCCCAGCUCCCUAAUACAAUACAUGCUCAUGCUCCACUAACAACAGCGGUAAUCAGUGCCACUCCAGCUGUUUUAACUACCGAUAGUGCGACUGGAGAGACUGUAGUGACAACAGACCUGCUGACCCAAGCAAUGACAGAGCUCUCUCAGACCCUUACAACAGAUUAUCGAACCCCACAGGGGGACUACCAGAGAAUUCAGUAUAUCCCUGUAUCACAGUCUACAACUGGUCUGCAGCAACCUCAGCACAUACAGCUUCAGGUGGUUCAAGUAGCCCAGGCCACUUCACCUCAUCAAUCUCAGCAUUCAACAGUGGAUGUUGGUCAGCUCCAUGACCCUCAGACAUAUACCCAACAUGCCAUUCAGGUGCAGCACAUCCAGGUCGCUGAGCCUACCACCCCAGCUCCAUCUUCAUCCCAGGUUGCUGGUCAGCCACUGAGUCCAUCUGCCCAGCAGUCUCAGCCAGGGCUCAGCCCUUCUCAUAUGCAAGCCAACUCUUCAGCCCAAGGGCAGACUCUCCAGCAGCAGCAACAGCAGAGUUCCUCAGUACAGCACACAUAUCUACCUAAUACGUGGAGCUCCUUCCGUAGCUAUCCGUCUGAGCUCCAAAUGAUGGCCAUUCCUCAGGGUCAGUAUGUGAUAGCAGAGACAGCUGUGACAACUCCUGUUACCACUGUGAAUACUGGCCAAGUGAAGGCAGUUACUCAGACUCAUUUUGUGAUAUCAGAAGGUCAGCCAGAAAUAGAAGAAAAGCAAACCUCGGCCCUCUCCAGUGCAGUCCAAGUGGGCGUUUCACAGCAAUCCACACAUGCUGAUGCCUUGGAGAGCCAAACGACUAACCCACCACAAACCACCCAGUACAUCAUUACGACCACCAAUGGGAAUGGAAACAGUGAAGUGCAUAUUACUAAAACUUAA